UUCAGCACUCUUUUCCUCUCUAUUUUAUUUCUUGUCAUUCUUCCUCUCUCUCUCUCUCUCUCUCUCAAACGCAAUGAUGGCAGCGCCAGCGGCACCAAUCGAGUCCGUACAAUGCUUCGGCCGCAAGAAGACUGCCGUGGCAGUCACCCACUGCAAGCGCGGGAGAGGCCUAAUCAAGAUCAACGGCUGCCCAAUCGAGCUGGUGGAGCCGGAGAUUCUCCGCUUCAAGGCAUAUGAACCUAUCCUUCUUCUUGGUCGGCACCGUUUUGCUGGGGUCGACAUGCGAAUCCGAGUCAAGGGUGGCGGUCAUACCUCCCAGAUCUACGCCAUCCGCCAGAGCAUCGCUAAAGCCCUCGUCGCCUACUAUCAGAAGUACGUAGACGAGCAGAGCAAGAAGGAGAUAAAAGACAUAUUGGUCAGGUACGACAGGACUCUGUUGGUGGCUGAUCCUAGGCGCUGCGAGCCCAAGAAGUUUGGUGGUCGUGGUGCUCGUGCCAGGUUCCAGAAGAGUUAUCGUUGAAUUGGAGGUUGUAUUAUAUGCUUUUAUGAUAUUUUUGAAGUAAUGCUAAAUGGAUUCUUGGUUGAUUUCAUAUGCUUUUGAGUUCUGUAUUAUUAAAAUUGAGAUGGUUUGACUGCUUCUAAGAUUGAUAAAUUUAGCGGGAUUUUCUUUUA